AUGGGCUGGCCCUUCUUCGGGGAGACUCUGCACUGGCUGCUCCAGGGCUCCCGCUUCCACAGCUCUCGGCGGGAGAAGUACGGAAACGUCUUCAAGACCCACCUCCUGGGCCGGCCCGUGGUGCGGGUGACGGGUGCUGAGAACAUCCGCAAGAUCCUGCUGGGUGAGCACACGCUGGUCAGCACACAGUGGCCCCAAAGCACCCAGAUCAUCCUGGGCUCCCAUACUCUGCUCAGCUCCACUGGCGACCUGCACCGCCAGCGCCGCAAGGUGAGCCUCACAGCCACCCGACAGGUCACACAGCCCAGGCGGCACCUCGGCCCAGACCUGGGCCUCGGUGGCAUGCGUGCUCCCCCUACUUUAACUACCUACCUCUCUUCCCCCCUUCUCCUCCUAGAUCCUGGCCAGAGUCUUCAGCCGUGCCGCCCUUGAGAGCUACCUGCCGCGGAUCCAGAAGCUCGGAUUCUGCUGGGGCUCCGCCUGGACGAAAAGCAGUUCAAGGAUCUGGCCAAAACUUUUGAACAGCUGGUGGAGAACCUCUUCUCCCUGCCCCUCAACCUACCCUUCAGUGGGCUGCGCAAGGGAAUCAAAGCACGGGACAUGCUACAUAAGUUUAUGGAGAAGGCUAUACAGGAAAAACUGCAGAGAAACAACCCAGAAGACCACAGUGAUGCUCUGGAUUUCAUAAUGAAUGGUGCCAAGGAGCAUGGGAAAGAACUCACCAUGCAGGAGCUAAAGGAAUCAGCAAUUGAGCUCAUAUUUGCUGCCUUUUUCACCACGGCUAGUGCUAGCACGUCUCUGAUCCUCCUGCUAUUGAAGCAUCCCUCAGUGAUUGAAAAAAUAAGGCAGGAGCUGAUAUCCCAUGAGUUGUACCAGCAGAGUCAGUGCUGCCCUGCAGGACCCUGCCUGGACACCCUGACCAUCCAGACCAGGGAUAGAGAGAAACCACUUUCCCAGUCUGUGGCCAAAGACGUUCUCAAGGACCAGGGCCAGCCCCUGGCCCCACUGGAGGAAGAUUCCCUCCAGUCCAGUGCCCUGCUGGAGCCCACUGUUCCCCGGAGCAACUCCUGCACUGGUCCCCAGCUCCCAGCACCACCAAGGCAAAGCUGUCACUGUGCCUCAGACAUCAGCCUGGAGAAGCUGAGCCGCCUGCGCUACCUGGACUGUGUGAUUAAGGAGGUGCUGCGGGUGCUGCCCCCGGUCUCUGGAGGCUACAGGACGGCACUGCAGACUUUUGAGCUCAAUGGUUACCAGAUCCCCAAAGGCUGGAGUGUCAUGUACAGCAUCCGUGACACACAUGAGACAGCUGCUGUCUACCAGAGCCCCCCCAGCAGCUUUGACCCAGACCGCUUUGGUGCUGGCCGGCCGGAGGCUGCAGGCCGGUUCCACUACAUCCCCUUCGGUGGAGGGGCACGGAGCUGCAUUGGAAAGGAGCUGGCACAGACCAUCCUCAAGCUGCUGGCCAUUGAGCUGGUCAGCACGGCCCGCUGGGAGCUGGCCACCCCUGGCUAUCCCACUAUGCAGACCGUGCCCAUCGUGCACCCUGUCGAUGAUGGGCUGCAGCUCUACUUCCACCCCUUGCAGCCCAGCCAAGGCCAUGAGGCCUGA